UCAAACAAUUAGUUCUUACCUUAGAUAGACUAUAGUCCUUGUAUAAAUCUAGGUUUUGUACUGUAAAGCAAUUAUCAAAUUCAAACAGAUUAUUCCAAUCUCUUCCUCUGUUCUUUAAACAGAUCAAGAAAGAAGGAGAAGCCAGAGAGAUCGAGAUGGAGAGCCAGAAGAAGAUGAUUGUUGUUUUUGGGUUAGUUGCUGCUGUGUUUUUACAGUGUGUGGCGGCGGAGACAUCGCAUGUGGUGGGAGAUAGCGUAGGCUGGACCAUACCACAGAACGGCGCACAAGAGUAUGUCACAUGGGCGUCUGGUCAGAAGUUCGUAGUUGGUGAUGCUCUGGUUUUCAGCUUCGCGACAGGCACACACGACGUGGUGGAAGUACCCAAAGCAUCCUUCGACUCUUGCAGCUCCACCAACCCAAUCGGCAGCACCAUCACCACCGGCACGGCCAACAUCACUCUCACCUCCUCCGGCGAACACUACUACAUUUGUACUUUCGGCCGCCAUUGCGAGUCCGGCCAGAAGCUCGCCAUCACCGUCUCAGCAUCCGCCACAUCACCCGGAGCCUCCCCUUCUGCACCAUGA